UCUACUCGUGAGUAAGAAACCUGAGGCUUUAACUGAACUUAAUUUGGCGAAUUUUGGCUGAAAGCGGGAGACGCUAAAAAGGAAGUCAGUCUUCCGCUCUGUUUAAAGUAUCGAGCAAAGUCCCUUUAAAGUUGAAGCGCUGAAAGGAACUUAAAAGGAGUUGGAAUGUACUCUGCAAAUUCGGCUUUGAUUGAUUAAAAGUUAAAGAAAGGACAUAACAGUUUUAUAAGUGAGCAAAGACUGUGAUCCUCUUUCUAUUCCCAUGUGGAUUACAAAGUUUUGAAACCCUGCUCUCGGUCUGAUCAGAUACAAGUAACAUCGGACUGCGGUAACUGUAGAUAAAAUUAUUAAGUUACAUUGGGCUACUUUGUAAAUUGCAAAAAGGAACUGUUGCAUGCACCUCGGCAAAGAACUUUUAUUCUCUGCAGUUUAAACUGAAUGUGAAGGGUUCCCCCCCUGCUUUGGAUAAUUUUUUUUUUGUGUGGUUGUGGGAACUUAAUGGUGGAAAUUUCCUAUCCUUCUCCCUAAUUUCUGGGGAGCUCCCCCUGCUGGAUUGUGGAAUUAUUAGUCUCUGAGAACUGCUACUGGUCUUGGAAUUUUUUCUAUCUGGAUGUUUACUUUCUUUGGGAUUGCUUUUCCCAUGGGAUUUACAAUUUGACCUUGACACUGGGACAGCUGUGGAAUGAGUGGUUCAGCAAAAACAAGGGCUGGAAAGAAAGCAAAACAAACGGAACUUUUACAAUCAACUUUGCCUGUGCAGUUACGCAGAUCAUCUGUUCCAAUUUUGACAGGUCUGCAGGAAGGACAAUCUAUACAGCCUACUCUUGGAGAGAUGGCUGCUGGAGGGCUAGAUCCUGUCUCUAAAGAAAUAUUGGAGCAGUUGGCAGCACUGAAUAAGAAAGCUGACGAACAAGCAGCUAGGUUUGAUGAACAAGCUGCUAAAUUUGACCAGGUGACAGCCUCAAUUAAUAAAUUGACAGACCAAGUCACUAAAAAUACACAGGCAAUAGGUAACAUUGAAAAGUCUACAACAGAAAAUCGAAAACUAGUCGAGGAAGUAAAUACAAAAGCAGACGAAAACAAAAAGAGGAUAGAGGAAUUAAGAGGGGAAGUUAGACCACUGAGUAGACAGGUUUCUGAACAACAAGUGUACCUGUCCCUUGCAGAACUGAAAAAUAGGGAAAAUAAUCUCAGAAUUAGAAACAUCCCAGAAUUAGAAAAAGAGGACCUGAUUGGCUUUUUGACAACAGAAAUAGCUAAAUUCUGGGGUCUGGCAGAAGAGAAAGACUUUAAAAUUGUCACCGCUUUCAGAUUAGGAAGAGUGGCUAAGAAGGAUAAACCAAGAGAUUGCCUGAUCAUUCUGAGAUCUAGGCAAGAAAAAGAAAACAUACUCGGCUUGCAUUUUAAAAACUCAUUGGUGAUUCAGGGAAAAAAGGCAGAAAUCUUCAGAGAUAUACCAAAACAGCUACUGGAUUUAAGAGCUACAUAUAAAGACCUAGCAACUUUAUUGAGGAACAACACAAUCCCCUACAGGUGGGAAUUCCCUCAAGGACUAUCUUUUACUUUGAAAGGGGAGAAGGUAAGAAUCAGAACAGCAGAGGAGCAAGAAAAGUUCCUAAAAGACCACGGGGAGGACCUUCGGAAAGGAAUAGCAGGUGUCUGGCCACCUCCUUCGUUUGGACUGAACCCGGCUCCACCUCCAGACAAAAACGAAAAAGGAGACACCCCAACAGGCCAAUAACUGGUCCGAGAUGUCUCUGCAGCUUCUCAGUUGGAACAUUAAUGGCGCAAAUUCUCCUGAAAAAAGGAAAAAGAUUUUCCAUAUUUUGAGA